CAGUUCUGUAGCGUCCCGGAAAAAUUAUUUUCAAUCGAUUUAUUCAACACCGGUGUGAUUGUUAAUCGUUCGUAUUUUCACUGAAUUCUCAAAUUUAUAGGCGUAAAAUAUGUCGAGUAAUUUGGUUGAUCAAUAUAAUGAUUUUCUCGAGGAAUUGGAACAGAAGCCGGACAUCAGUAAGAUCCGUUUCGAUCAAGAUGAUCCUAUGGAAGAAAUCAAUGCGAUGGCGGAAGCCGAAAACAGAAAUCGUCGGUUAAAUAAAAAUCCUGUUGCUCUGUACGGGCAUAUUCAUCAAGAUAGUAGCGAGCGAAUGGAGAUGGGUGACGAUGGUUCCGGAGCAUUGACAGAUUUGAAUCCUAAUGACAUGAAUACGAGAGUGUUAAUAAUGAAAAGCGGCGAAGCGGACAUUUUAUUGGAACCGGAGAAGGCUCUUGUUUACACUUGUUUCAACACAAACUUCGACCGGGCCUCACUGAACCGGCCGGAUGUAUGGCAUCAAAUAAUGGUACACCAUGAAGGAAAGUAUCAAAAGAAGGAAAUAUUGGAAGCACUUUUCACUCUUAUUAGUACGGAUGAUUUUUAUCCGGUGGCCUACAGGCAGUAUACAAACAUUGAUUUUUUCCUGGUCCGGUUGUGCAGUAAAGCAUUUGUGAAAUUAUUUGAUAAAAACUUGAAAAUUCCCAUGCCUGGUUCGUCGGAUCCUGUAAAGCUCACUGUUAAACUGAAUGUUGCCAAAUAUGAACAGGGUCAGAUCAAUCCCAGUGGCAAGGUUUUUGCGGCUGUCGUCGAACGCUGCGAUAAUGCAGUGAUGUAUGGCUAUGCCAACUUGUUAAAUUUGGAUAAUUUCCGGGAUCAUGCCGAUUUUGAGGAGGUUUGUGUUUUUCUCGGAAACCGUGCUCAUUUGGAGCUUGUCUGUAGUUCCAUCAACCGGUUGGAGGAUGUUCGCACGAAAGUAAACACGAUCAAGCUGACCAACAACAGCAUCGCACAUAUAUCACCCCUGGUCGCCAUCAAGGAUUUGCCUAUUCAAACGUUGGACUUGCGUUUCAACAGAAUUAAACAUCCGGCUUCGCUGAGACCGUUGCAAGGUUGUGGAAUCAGCGAGCUGUACAUCGAAGGGAACGGUAUUGUUGAUGUUCCUGGGUAUAUGGACGUGUUGAAGAAGUAUUUUCCGAAUGUUUUGAAAAUAGAUUCGACAUUUAUGGGUGCGGCUGUUAGAAAGCAGGCUGCCGUCCCGUCCCGGACCGUUGGCGGGGAUGACGAGGUCGAGAUCACUUCACCCGGAGAAAUAUAUCAGUGCAUCAAUGGCGUCGUAAAUGAUUGCAACAAUUUCAAGAAAUAUAAAUUCAACACCAAGUGGCACAUGGUGGUUGUGGUUCACGAAAGUCGUUAUGAGAAAGCUGAAAUCUUAGAGGCGUUGUUCACUCUGUUGGACAGUUAUGAUUUCUAUCCCUGCUACUAUAAAACCUACUCGAAACAGGAUGAGUUCUUGGUAAUCAAUUGCUUCGAAGCACUGAACUGUUUAAUGCAGGCCAAAUUGGCACUUCGAAUGAAAAGUACAAAUGAGCUCAUAUCCAUCGUGCUCAAGAUGAACAUUGCAGGAUUCAAGGAAGGACAGGUGGUGGUAGAGGAGAAAUUGAAUUACGUCCUGUUGGAUCGAUUCAACGAUCGUUGUCUGGAUUUGUGCUCGUUGCAGCAACAUUUGAACAGAAUUAAAUUCGUCGAAAUCAGUGCCAAAAGCACCCGGACACUUUCGAGGAUUCUUACAAUGGCGGGCAAAAAAAUCGGUCACGUUUGCUUUAUUAUUCGUUUGAGGCACAACGGAAUAAAAAAUUUGGCUUCGCUGGCAACACUCAUCGCUUAUCCCAAGUUGGUGGCCAUCGAUUUACGAUUCAAUGAUAUUAGCACCUUCGACGACUUGCAGGGCGUGAUCAAGAACCGCAUCAAGGAGGUUUUCCUGGACAACAACCCGCUCUGUAACACGGCGCCCUCGAGCAUUGAGUACAUUCGUCAGGUGCGCAAGUUUUUCCCGGAAAUUGAAAAGCUCGACGGGAUGCCGCUGCUAGAGAAUGGCAAUUUGAACUUCUCGCAGAACUUUAUCUGCAUGCCGGAGGCGUACAAAUUUACGGAAUCGUUCGUGAAGCACUAUUUCACCAUUUACGAUUCCUUCCAGCGGUCCAGUUUGAAGGAGCUGUACCACCCGAAGGCACAGUUUUCGAUGACCAGUAAUUUCGUGCAGUCGAAAACGAUGGACUCCCAUCAGGUGCGGUUGAAUGCUUACCAGGGCAAGAGUCGCAAUCUGCUGAAGCUGGCAAAUAUUGAUCGAGCCAUCAGCAGCCUGGUUGUGGGCAACGAGAGAAUAGCGAACGUAUUGGUUUCCUUUCCGAAAACGGAGCAUGACUUUUUCUCGUUCCGAGUAGACACGCCCAUAUUUCGACCGGAAUGUGUAGUUAUCACUGUUCACGGAGCCUUUAAGGAAAUGGCAAAUUCGCUGUUGAGUGAUGAUUUCGUUCUUGGCUUCACACGAACAUUCUACAUUCAACCGUGCGCGAAGGGACUGGGAAUUUUCGAAAGGGCAAUCGAGUUCAAAAUUUUUAACGAUCUGUUUCAUAUGUACAAUUUAACUACCUACGGGCGGGAAAAUGUUUUUAAACAUGAGGAGCCGGAGUCAGCGGAACCGUAUGUACCGCAAAGUGAGGAACGUGAGAACACUGUCAUCGUAUUUCAAGAGCUGACACGCCUCAAUCGCAAGUGGUGUUUACGCUGUCUGGAGGAAUCUUCGUGGAACUUGAAGGUGGCUUUGAACAUUUUCCUCAAGUUGUACGAGGAAGACCGCAUACCUGAUAACGGCUUCGACGCUUCGCUUGUUUCCAAACGAUAAGCUAGAUAUUUUAGAAUCCAAACAUGUACUGUCGUAUUCCUAAUAUUGUAAUAAAUGUCAAUAAUAUGAUCAAAAUUUAUAAACUAA